AUGGUGGAAUGUCUUUCAGUGUGUCGGGUGGAGGUGGAGGAGGGGGCGGAGUCUGUCCAGCUGCCCUUCAAAACCACAGGUAACCUGUCCAGUGCUGAAGUGGAGUGGUGGCGCUAUGAACCUGAACCACCAAUUACAGUCCACAAAUAUGAGCAGGGCUCUGACCAGCGAGACAAACAGCACCAGGUCUACAGAGAACGAACGAGGAUGGAAGCAAACUCACAGAUGACUGGAGACCUCAGUCUGACCCUGAAGAAACCCUCAGACAGAGACACGGGAAAAUACAUCUGCAGUGUCAAGGACAAGAGGAUGAAGAGGAAGAAAACGGUGCUGCUGAUAGUGACGAACUGUCAGGUGGAGGUGGAGGAGGGGGCCGAAUUUGUCCGGCUGCCCUUUAGAACCACAGAAAACCUGCCUGAAGAUGCUGAAAUAGUGUGGAGACAUACUGAAUUGGAUCCACCACUGAUCGUCCACGUGUAUGAGAACAGCUCUGACCGGCCUCACAAACAGCACCAGGAUUACAGAGACCGAACGAAGAUGGAUGACGACCUGCUGAAAACUGGAGACCUCAGUCUGACCCUGAAACAGCCCACAGAUGGAGACAGUGGAGAAUACAGCUGUGAUGGAGAGUUCAGGUCCAGGAUCAAACAGGGGACAUCAGGAACAGAAUCAGCUCCACUGAUCCGACUCCGCUGA